AUGAGAGGGCCAACAAGUGUGCAGGAAGUGAGAGGUCAGGUUUUCAGAAGACCGGGCUGCAGGGUGCGCUUGCCUGAGAGCCCUCAGCAUGCUCCCUCCUCCCGGAAAGCUCUCCUCUGCAUGAGAACUGUCUCCCACAAUCCCACCUGCCACGGAGCUCAGCUGCUGGCCCCGGCCGCCCCUCCAGGCCCUCACCUGUCCUCUGGUGUUCCCGCAGGAAUCCCUGUGGCUGGCGUGCUGCUGGAGACCCAGCCCCAGGGCGGGCAGGCCGUGGAAGGAAAGAUGCUCGUCUUAGUCUGCUCUGUGGCUGAGGGCACAGGGGAAACCACGUUCUCCUGGCACCGAGUGGACACCAAGGAGAGGCUGGGGAGCAAGAGUCUGCGUUCCCGGAGGUCAGAACUGAAGAUCCCCAACGUCAGGGAGAGCCACGCGGGGGGAUACUACUGCGCGGCUCACAACACCGGGAGUCUGAUCCACAGCGAGGUGCUGAACGUCACCGUGAAAAUCCCAGCGUCGCACCCUGUCCUCACCAUCAGCGCUCCUGAGGCCCGCGCCGCCAUCGGGGACACGGUGGAGCUUCAGUGCGAAGACAAGAGAGCACACCCUCCUGUUCUGUACUCGUUUUAUCACAAGAAUAUCUCCCUGGGGAGCAUCCUAGUGCCUUCCGGAGGCAGAGCGUCCUUCAGCCUCUUUUUGACCAGAGAACACUCUGGAAACUAUUCCUGCGAGGCCGACAAUGGCCUGGGGGCCCAGCGCAGUGAGGAGGUGGCAAUCCGCGUCUCAGAGCCCCCACCCAAAACCCGCCUGGUGAACGGUGCGCACCCCUGUGAAGGGCGAGUGGAGGUGGAGCGGGCCGGUCGCUGGGGCACUGUGUGUGAUGACGGCUGGGACAUGAAGGAUGUGGCCGUGGUGUGCCGGGAGGUGGGCUGUGGUGCAGCCAAGCACACCCCUGCAGCCGUGUUAUACCCCCCGCUGGCAGAGGACACCCAGCCUGUGUUCAUUCAGGUAGCCCGGUGCAAUGGCACGGAGGAGGCCCUGGCUGACUGUGAGCAGGAGGAAAUCUUCGACUGUGGGCAUGACGAGGAUGCAGGUGCAGUGUGCGAAGACGUGUGA